CGCACGCGUCAACGGACACUUAAUCCUGGCUCGUUGAUGUUUCCUGCCUUCUAAUAUCCUUCCUCAUUGUCGGCGCCAAUUGCAUGUUCAGUGACAGUGUGAUUUGUUUUGAUUUUCACCUUCCGUUAGGAUACAUAGAUAAUCGCCCUUCUCAUGUAACGAGAGUUUUUACAACGCAGUGCAAGGAAGUGGGUGCUCCUUUUAAUAAUCGACCUUAACUUAACCGGUUGAUUCGAGUUUUCAAGUUUUCAUUGGGUCAUCGAAGACGUCGGCAUGAUGAUCGGAGGUUACGAGUUUCAAGCUGAUUAUUACCCACAAUGGCAUCAGCCCUACAACUACAUCACGCAGUUACCCUACGGACUGCCGGACAUGGACAGCCAGUCAACUUAUUGGGGUGCGGACUCGGGCAUAUCCGGCAGCAGUUCGGGAGCCGGUAGCCCCGCAACCUCGACACCUCCUCUCAUCGAAGAAAUCGGUAUACAAGAGCCAAGCUACUCACCUCUACAGCAAUAUUCCCUUCCGUCGCACAAUGGUCAACAAUCCCAGCAUCACCACCUCCAUUACUACAGCGACCUCAUCUAUCAGCAACAGCAGCAUCAACAGCAACAGCAGCAGCAGCAGCAGCAGCAGCAGCAGCAGCAGCAUCAUCGUCACCAACAGCAUCAGUUAACAUCACCGAGCACCAAGGAGCAUCACUUGGAGGACCUCCAACAGCAAGCCAGCGGCUCGGCGACGUUGCUCCAACAGAGUCCUGCCUCCAUUUUACAACAACACGUCAGGUGCGUGAGCGACGGCCUCGGAUUGGUCGUGAGGCCCAAGCGCAGGAACACGGCCAACAAGAAGGAGAGGAGACGCACGCAGAGUAUCAAUAACGCCUUCGCUGAUUUGAGGGAUUGUAUACCGAAUGUCCCCGCGGACACGAAGCUCUCAAAGAUUAAAACUUUGAGAUUGGCUGCGAGCUACAUCGGUUACCUAAUGGCGGUGCUUGACAGUGACGAGGGCGAGGAGCCGCAAACCUUCCGCGCCGAGAUCCUUUCCAGUGGCAGGAGAAACAAAUCACAAGGCAGUUUGAGCGAGGCAGCGAUGCACGUAAUGGGGAUGCAGCCGGAGGAGACGAGCAAAGCCAAAGGACGAACGGGAUGGCCACAGCACAUGUGGGCACUGGAAUUGAAGCAGGAGCCACCGACGACGAGUCAGUUCCAGUAAAAAAAAAAAGAGUAAA